GACGGACAGACUGACGGCCGGCCGUCGGAGCGUCCCGCACCCAUCCUCCUGUUUAUCCGUGCGGCACCCCGCUCCUCCCUCCACCCCAUUCCAAGUCUCCCACUCUUUUCUAACUGACGCACCGCUGCUGAAGCUGAGGCACGGCGGAUUCUCCAUGUAUGGGUGCGUGAGGGGAAAUGAUGCUGUAGGCUAACCAAAGGAUAGAGCGAAGGACCAAAAUACGAGCUGCAGAGGAGAAUCGGAGGAGGCACCAGAGGAUCCUGCCGCUGUUUUGAAUGGGAAGGGGGAUUCACCAUUUGCGGCUGUCGAGUCUGAGUUGCUGAGGUGCCAGGUGUGCACUGGUAGCCACGGGGAUCUCCAGCUCUUCUGCUCACUCACACGUAGACCUGCAACAUGGCGGGGGCUUCCGUGAAGGUAGCGGUGAGGGUCCGGCCCUUCAACUCCAGAGAGAUCGGGAAGGAGAGCAAGUGCAUCAUUCAGAUGUCUGGGAACACCACGACAAUCCUGAAUCCAAAACAGCCGAAAGAAAACAAGAGCUUCAACUUUGACUUUUCCUACUGGUCACACACCACGCCUGAGGACGUCAACUAUGCGUCCCAGAUGCAGGUGUACAGAGACAUCGGAGAGGAGAUGCUGCUUCACGCCUUUGAAGGCUACAACGUGUGUAUAUUUGCAUAUGGGCAGACGGGUGCAGGCAAAAGCUACACCAUGAUGGGCCGGCAGGAGAAAGACCAGCAGGGAAUCAUUCCUCUGCUGUGCGAAGACCUUUUCACCAAGAUCAGUGACAGCAAUAAUGACAACAGCAUGUCCUACUCAGUGGAGGUGAGUUACAUGGAGAUCUACUGUGAGCGUGUGCGUGACCUGCUGAAUCCCAAAAACAAAGGAAACCUGCGUGUCAGAGAGCACCCGCUGAUGGGACCCUAUGUUGAAGAUCUAUCAAAGCUAGCCGUCACCUCCUACAAUGACAUCCAGGACCUGAUGGAUUCGGGAAACAAGGCCAGGACUGUGGCUGCUACCAACAUGAACGAGACAAGCAGCCGCUCCCACGCCGUCUUCAACAUCAUCUUCACUCAGAAGAAACACGACAUGGAGACGGACAACACGUCAGAGAAGGUCAGCAAGAUCAGUUUGGUUGACUUGGCUGGCAGCGAGAGAGCAGACUCAACUGGAGCUAAAGGAACGAGGCUGAAGGAAGGAGCAAAUAUCAACAAAUCCCUGACCACUCUGGGAAAAGUGAUUUCUGCUCUGGCUGAACUGGACUCUGCACCAAACAAGAACAAGAAAAAGAAGAAGGUUGAGAGUUUCAUUCCCUACAGAGACUCGGUGCUCACAUGGCUGCUGAGGGAGAACUUAGGAGGAAACUCUCGCACAGCCAUGGUGGCUGCCCUCAGCCCUGCUGAUAUUAACUAUGAUGAAACCCUGAGUACCCUCCGGUACGCCGAUCGUGCCAAACAGAUCCGCUGCAACGCCGUGAUCAACGAGGACCCCAACAACCGCCUGGUGCGUGAGCUGAAAGAGGAGGUGGCUCGUCUCAAAGACCUGUUGUACGCACAGGGCCUGGGCGACAUCAUCGAGAUGACCAAUGCCAUGACGGGAAUGAGCCCCUCACCCUCGCUCUCAGCCCUAUCCAGUCGAGCCGCCUCCAUCAGCAACCUCCACGAUCGCAUCUUUAGCCCGGCCAGUGAGGAAGCCAUUGAAAGGCUCAAGGAAACCGAGAAAAUCAUCGCAGAGCUCAAUGAGACAUGGGAAGAGAAACUGCGCCGUACUGAGGCCAUCCGUAUGGAGAGAGAGGCACUGUUGGCUGAGAUGGGCGUUGCCAUGAGAGAAGAUGGAGGCACAGUCGGCGUCUUCUCCCCCAAAAAGACGCCUCAUCUGGUGAACCUUAACGAGGACCCGCUGAUGUCCGAGUGUCUGCUCUAUUACAUCAAAGAUGGCAUCACCAAGGUUGGCCGUGAAAAUGCCAAAACUCGCCAAGACAUUGUUCUUAGUGGCCAUUUUAUCAAGGAUGAACACUGCACCUUCAGCAGCACCACCGGCCCUCAGGGAGAAGGGUGUGUCAUUCUUGAGCCGUGUGAGGGAGCAGAGACAUAUGUCAAUGGCAAGAGAGUGACAUCACCCAUUGUCCUGAGGUCUGGAAAUCGCAUCAUCAUGGGCAAAAGCCACGUGUUUCGCUUCAAUGACCCCGAGCAGGCUCGUCUUGAGCGGGAGAGGACGCCGUGCGCCGAGACACCCGUGGAGCCCGUCGACUGGGCCUUCGCUCAGCGAGAGCUGUUGGAGAAACAAGGCAUCGACAUGAAGCAGGAGAUGGAGCAGAGGCUUCAGGAGCUUGAGGAUCAGUACCGCAAAGAACGAGAGGAAGCCAGCAACCUGCUGGAACAACAGCGGCUGGACUAUGAGAGUAAACUGGAGGCCCUUCAGAAACAGGUGGACUCUCGGUACCUGGAGUCACCUGAGGAAGAGGAGGAGCCUGAAGAGGAAGUGCCGUGGACGAAGCGUGAGACCGAGCUGGCGCUGUGGGCUUUCAGAAAGUGGCGUUUCUAUCAGUUCACGUCCCUCAGGGAUCUGCUCUGGGGCAACGCCAUCUUCCUCAAAGAGGCCAAUGCUAUCAGUGUGGAGCUGAAGAAGAAGGUGCAGUUCCAGUUUGUCCUCUUGACAGACACUCUCUAUUCUCCGCUGCCCCCUGACCUGCUGCCUCCCAGUGAGGCUAAAGAGAGAGAGCGGCGACCGUUCCCUCGGACGAUAGUGGCCGUCGAAGUGCAAGAUCAAAAGAACGGAGCCACACAUUACUGGACUCUGGAAAAACUGAGACAGAGGCUGGACCUGAUGAGAGAAAUGUAUGAUCGUGCUGCGGAGCUGCCCAGCAGCGCCGUGGAGGACUGUGACCACGCCCUGACAGGAGGCGACCCCUUCUACGACCGCUUCCCCUGGUUCCGUCUGGUCGGCAGGGCUUUUGUGUAUCUGAGUAACCUGCUGUACCCGGUCCCUCUGGUACAUCGUGUGGCCAUUGUAAGUGAGAAAGGAGAGGUGAAAGGCUUCCUCAGAGUGGCAGUGCAGGCCAUCUCAGCUGAUGAGGAGGCGCCUGAUUACGGCUCUGGCGUGAGGCAGUCGGGCACCGCAAAGAUCUCCUUUGAAGACAAACAGUUUGAGAAGUUCCAGACUGAGUCGUGUCCCGGAAGUCUGUCGCACUCCAACACCUCGCAGGAAGAGCUGCGAAUUGUGGAGGGAGAAGGACAAAAUCCUGAGACUGGAAUCUCUGCAGAUGAAGUUAACAACAACACCUGUGCAGCCACACUGGAUGCUCCUCUAAGCCCAGUGAAGAGUUUAGGGCUGGAUCUUCCUCUGGACCUGUCUCCAGAGAAAGCUCUGUCCCACCUCAAGAUCGGCAGCACUUUCACCUUCAGAGUUACCGUCUUACAGGCCUCGAGCAUCUCUGCAGAGUACGCCGACAUCUUCUGCCAGUUUAACUUCAUCCACCGUCAUGACGAAGCCUUCUCCACUGAGCCGCUGAAAAACACCGGCAGAGGGCCCCCACUGGGCUUCUAUCAUGUCCAAAAUAUCACAGUGGAGGUGACCAAGUCCUUCACGGAGUACAUCAAGACUCAGCCCAUCGUUUUUGAGGUGUUUGGACACUAUCAGAAACAGCCGUUCCCUCCACUCUGCAAAGAUUUAAUCAGCCCACUGAGACCUUCCAGGAGGCAGUUCCCUCGGGUAAUGCCGUUAUCCAAACCAGUGCCUGCCACCAAGCUCAACACCCUGACUCGCUCCACCGCGGGACCCUGUCACGCCAAAUACGAUCUCAUGGUCUUCUUUGAGAUCUGCGAGCUGGAAGCUAACGGAGAUUAUAUCCCGGCUGUUGUUGACCACAGAGGUGGGAUGCCCUGCCAUGGGACGUUCCUUUUACAUCAGGGCAUUCAGAGAAGGAUCAGAGUCACAAUUGCUCACGAAACAGGGAAUGAUAUUGAGUGGAAAGAAGUGAAGGAGCUCGUUAUUGGUCGUAUUCGAAACACGCCCGAGGCUGAUGAGACCAUCAUAGACCCCAACAUCCUUUCCCUCAACAUCCUGUCGUCUGGAUACUUCUGGCCAAAACAUGAUGACAAUGUCUCUCUGGGAGUUGAUCACAGAACUUUCUAUCGAUUCGAGGCCGCAUGGGACAGCUCCAUGCACAACUCUCUGCUUCUGAACAGAGUCACACCCUAUGGGGAGAAGAUUUACAUCACCCUCUCUACUUAUCUAGAGAUGGAGAACUGUACUCAGCCGACGGUUAUCACCAAAGACUUCUGCAUGGUGUUUUACUCCCGUGACACAAAGCUGCCGGCAUCCCGCUCCAUCAGAAACCUCUUCAGCACCGGCUGCCUCCGGCCCUCUGAGAGUAACCGUGUCACUGGAGUCUAUGAAAUCACUCUCUGCCACGUGGCUGACAACGGAAGUCCAGGCAUGCAGCGUCGUCGCAGGCGCGUGCUGGACACCUCGGUGGCUUACGUGAGAGGCGAGGAGAACCUGGCUGGAUGGAGGCCCCGCAGUGACAGCCUGAUCCUCGACCACCAGUGGGAGCUGGAGAAACUUAGCUUACUGCAGGAGGUGGAAAAGACCAGGCACUAUUUGCUGCUGAGGGAGAAGCUGGAGGCGACUCUGCACGCGGGACAGGAUGCGCUCUGCAAGAAUGGCGACAUCAUCGACUUUGCAAAGAGUCCCGUCCUCAGCCACAGCCCCAGCAGCAGCCCCGCCCCCGACAGCCCCAACCAGAGGCAGAGGGAGCUGGCUGCUAAGUGUCUGCGUCUGCUGAUGCACACCUUCAACAGGGAGUACAGCCAGGUGAGCAGCAGUGCCAGUGAGAGCAAGCUUUCUGAGAUGUCUGCGUCUCUGAUGAGGGAGUCAUCCUCUUCUACACUGAGCACGCUCACCCCGUCCUCGACCUGCCCCUCACUGGUGGAGGGACAUUAUGACAUUAGACACACUGAUCCCAGUUCUGGAGCAUCCACACCGGACCUGGAUCCGUACAGCCCCGUGGACAGAAAGAAAGUCCUCAGAGGAUGCACCUUUGUUCCCGACAUACAGGAGAUUCGUGUCAGCCCUAUUGUGUCAAAGAAGGGCUACCUGCACUUCCUGGAGCCUCACACCAGCGGCUGGGUGAGGCGUUUCGUGGUGGUGCGCCGGCCCUAUGUGUACCUGUACCGCAGCGAGAGGGACAGCGUCGAGAGAGCCAUCAUCAACCUGUCAUCUGCAAAGGUGGAAUACAGUGAAGACAAACAGACGUUACUGCGGACUCCCAACACGUUUGCUGUGUGCACCGAGCAUCGUGGGAUUCUGCUGCAGGCAGCCAAUGACAAAGAGAUGCAUGACUGGCUGUAUGCUUUUAACCCUCUGUUAGCAGGCACCAUCAGGUCAAAACUCUCCAGAAGAAAGUCGGUCCAGUCGUACCCAUCGGCUCAGCGGAUGUGAGAGUUGAAGCGGCCUGGCGAAAAACAGCGAACAAAACAAUACAAUCUAAAAGCUCAGCUCAACAUCCUGCUUAAUCGAGCAUAGACCAUAUAGCAAACUUACACAUAGAACCAUUUAAAUAUCCCUCUAUGUGAUGACCGCCCCAGUCCCAAACGUCACUCACUCAUCCUCAAAGCCGACAAAAGCAUUUUUUUGCCGUCACCACCACACUUACCCUGCAUGGUGUGCUCCCUUCAGACCUUUAGAAGAAUUCCUAAGAAAAUCUAACCACCCAAAACCCGUUACAUAACUUACCUC